AUGUCUGUCCGGCAGAAGUCUGUGAGUGCUUCCCUGAUGGGGACCCUGGCCAGCUGCCUGCUGCUCAUUGCUCUGUGGGUGCAGGGAGGGGCAGCUGCGCCCAUCAGUUCCCACUGCAGGCUCAGCAAAGACGACUUCCAGCAGCCCUAUUUCACCAACUAUACCUUCAUGCUGGCAAAGGAGGCUAGUUUGGCAGAUAACAACACUGAUGUUUGCCUCAUUGAUCUUCAACUGUUCCAUGGAGUCCAUACAAGUGAGCACUGCUAUCUGAUGAAGCAGGUGCUGAAUUUCAUCCUUGAAGAAGUGCUGCUUCCCCAACCUGAUAGAUUUCAGCCGUAUAUGAAGGAGGUGAUAUCUUUCCUGAGCAGACUCAGCAGCAAUCUAAGCCGAUGCCAUAUUCAGGGUGAUGGUCAGCAUAUUCGGAGCAAAGUGCAAACACUGGCAGACACAGUGAAAAAGCUUGGAGAGAGUGGAGAGAUUAAAGCAAUUGGAGAAGUGGGUUUGCUGUUCACCUUCCUGAAAAAUGCCUGUGUCUGA